AAUAUGUGUAACGUGUGGGUUCCAUGUAAGAGAUUUACUGAGGAUCACCCCAAGAUAAGGGACCUGCUAGACCCAAGGAAUGUCCACACCAUACAUUUGCAGGUGAGAUAGCACGUGCGGAUGUUGUUGUUCUUAAACCGUGUGACCAUAUUUCUCCUCUUCUUCUCUUGCAGAAUGUAUCUCAUUAACUACAUGAGGCCUAAAGAAGACGUUAAUGUCCUUGAUUUUUCUUAAGUUGCUUCUUUAAUAAAACCAAAACCAGAUUUAUAGUAAUAUAUGCUGAGUUUUAGAAUGUAUGGCUAUAAAAUUGAAAUGUCUUAGGACCAGCUAUUCUCCAGAUCUCGUGUUUUAUUUUAGGAUUGAAUGCGGAAGACAUCUAAACUUCAGCUAAAAGCCGCCGGUCAUCUUUACACUUAUGUGAAGCUACUGAUUUGUUUUGUGAAAGUUACAUGUGUCAGUGAUAUAUAAUUAUAUAUGAAGUGAAUAUACAAUGGGUGAUGUUACAAAGUCAUUUCUUUAUGCUUGGUGUGGAAAGAAUAAAGUUACACCAUCAUAUGAAGUUAGAGCUGCUGGAUCUAAACAAAGACAAAGAUUUCUGUGCGAGGUGACAGUUCCUGGAUUUGAUUAUGUAGGUGUUGGGAAUUCUACAAACAAAAAAGAUGCUCAGACUAAUGCUGCUAGGGAUUUUCUAUCAUACCUUGUACGAGUUGGAAAGUUGUCCCAGUCCGAAGUGCCAGUAGAAUUACCCUCUGCAGUGCAAGCUGAUAAAGAAUUAGCAGAUUUACCACCUGGAGGGCCUGUUGCUCCACAUAUCCAGCUAAAAGCUAGUGAUCAAAAUUAUCCAAUAAAAAAUUAUUAUGCUCCUUACAAUGAAUCUUCUACUCCUGACUAUGUAACUCGUGUUGAAGAGCAGCGCAGGACUGAAGAAGCUGAAGAUUUAGAUAUUAAUUCUGGAAUUCAUGGAAACUGGACAUUAGACAAUGCUAAAUCACGGUUGCAUCAGUUCCUUCAAGUCAAUAAGAUGAAUCCAGAAUAUAAGUAUUCCCAAGUAGGACCUGAUCAUAACAGGAGCUUUCUUUGUGAACUGAAUGUAUUCGUUAAGCAACUGGGCAGAACUAUUUAUGCUAGAGAACAUGGCUCUAAUAAACAGAUGGCCUCAAAAUCUUGUGCCCUUUCUAUUGUGCGACAGCUGUAUCAUUUACAGGUUAUUGAAGCAUACUCUGGAGUUACUAAAAAGAAAGAAUCUGAUAAGUUGGAGCCAUAUGAUGUUUCUAUUGACCCAAACCUAAUUCAAGAAGUUGAAGAAACAUUAAAGGAAUUAGAUAUUCAUCCUGUUGAAGUACCUGAGGACUACAAAGGGACUGAUCCUGUUGUACUGACUCUUGAGAAAAAUGUGGAAGUGGAUAAUCAAUCUCGCCCUCACGCUGGAGGAGUUGUAUCGUGGUCUCCACCUCAGCCUAACUGGAAUCCAUGGACAAGUUGCAACAUUGAUGAAGGACCUUUGGCUGCAGUAAUCUUUCAAAAGAUGUUGGAAGUUAGAAAAGAAUUGCCAGUAUACCAGUUUCAUGAUGAAAUUCUUGAUGCAAUUGAAAAAAAUACUGUGGUGAUUAUUCGAGGGGCAACUGGUUGUGGUAAGACUACUCAGGUUCCACAGUUUAUAUUAGAUCAGUAUUUGUCAGCUGGAUGUGGAGCUGAUUGUUGUGUUGUUGUUACACAGCCUCGAAGAAUAAGUGCAGUUUCUGUCGCAGAAAGAAUAGCUGAAGAGCGUGCAGAAUCAUUAGGCAAUACAACUGGAUAUAGUGUAAGAUUUGAAUCAUGCUUACCUCGUCCAUAUGGAUCUGUUCUUUUUUGCACUGUUGGUGUCUUGCUUCGUAAAUUGGAGGGGGGUCUACGUGGAGUUUCCCAUGUCAUAGUUGAUGAAAUUCAUGAGAGAGAUGUUAAUACGGAUUUUAUCAUGGUUGUCCUCCGAGACAUGGUGCGUGCCUUUCCGCAGAUGCGUGUCAUAUUGAUGUCUGCUACAAUUGACACUAGUAUGUUUCAGGAGUAUUUUGGAGGUUGUCCAAUUAUUGAAGUUUCUGGUCGAACUUACCCAGUACAAG